CGACUCUCAGCAACCCUUGCACCGUCGCUCCGAGCCACAUCAUGAAGUACGCCGCCGUCCUCAGCUCCCUGUUGUCCGGCGCACUGGCCGUUCAACUCUCCUUCGACCCCGUCUACGACAACAAGAACGGGUCCAUGGACACCGUCGAGUGCUCCACCGGCUCCAACGGCCUCAUCACCCGCUUCGGCUUCAAAACGUUCGGCGACCUCCCGUCGUUCCCCAACAUCGGCGGCGCGCAAGCCGUCGAGGGGUUCAACUCCGCGGCCUGCGGCAGCUGCUUCAACCUCACGUUCGCGCAGACGGGGAAGACUAUCACGGUGCUCGCGAUCGACCACGCGGAUUCCGGGUUCAACGUCGGCCAGGUGGCGAUGGACGACUUGACGAACGGGCAAGCGGUGCAGCUAGGCAUAGUACAAGUGAAUGCGACGCAGGUGCCCGGUACUGCGUGCGGCCUCCCUGCAUGAUGACCCGACGAACAUCACACAUAUUCACGUUUAGGAUGGCUGGUGAAGAGGACCCUGAAGCUUGCAUCUGUUGUAUUCACGAGAAAGGAUUUCAGCUGCAUGUGUCAUGCAAUGCCAUGAAGAUCACAUUCUGCGUCUCAUUCAUGGGGGUAUAUCAACGUCCC